UAUGUGCAGAUCUGAAGUCUGUACUGGGUACGGUGUUGUGACAUUCAGCUUCAAUACAGUACCGUAUUGGAUUUUGGUUGUAGGAUGGAUGGAUAAUCGUAGGACUUGCGUAGUUGAGCAUAAAGUUACACCAUGCGUCAGUGUACUAUUCUAGCUUCUCAACUGGGGUUCUGGCAAUUGGACCUUAGUAUCGGUCGUUAAUUCUCUGUUAUAGCUGAGAAUUUUCGGACUUUUGUCAACGGAGAUGAGAACCUCCCCCUGUUACUGUAUGAAGACCACGACAACAGAAUGUUGAUAGACUCGUGGUCUGUCUGAUAGUUCAGACAUCAAGAUCUUUUUUAAAUAUGUCAGUUUGGAAGAAAUAGUGAAUUAGCCCGAAUUGCUGUGCAAUCAUUCAUAUUCUCGAUCAAUAACUGCCCUAUUCGCAGAGCUAGGUUACUGAAGCAGCACAUUCAAUGGAAUCUUCUACUUCUGAGACGGAGGCCCUUAUUCUCCAGUCACAGCAUUCACCAUCUGCAAAUAGAGACGAUCCUGAGUAUUUGCAUAGGGCUUCUACAACGAGGAGAUAUCCGAUGUUGUUGGAGACAAUGAAGCAGAUCAAGCUGGCCGGUCCUAUAGCUGGUUCCUUUUUUUCUAUGUAUUCGCUCUCCAUUGUGACUUCAAUGUUUAUUGGACAUCUUGGUUCACUGGAGCUGUCUAGCUCGACUAUUGCUCUUUCCCUCUCAAGCGUCUCAGGUUACACCUUGAUGCUUGCUUUCGCUAGUGGGCUUGAAACAUUGUGCGGACAAGCCUUUGGGGCGAAAAAGUACCCACUGCUGGGCAUUUACCUUCAAGCUGGAUGCAUUGUUUCCCUUUCCAUGUGCAUCCCGAUCGUAGCUCUUUGGUGGAAUAUAGAGCCAAUCUUGGUGUACAUGGGUGAAGAUGAAGAAAUUUCGAGAAUGGCAGGACUGUACCUUAGAUGGUUAUCUCCGAGUAUAUUUGCCUCUGCCAUCGAACAAGUGCUUGUAAUCUAUCUCCAAACUCAGAACAUUGUUAUUCCCCAGUUCCUGUCCUCUGUGUUUACUGUUAUUCUGCAUGUUCCAACUUGCUUCAUCGUGAUCAACAAACUUGACUUCGGAUUCAUUGGAGGAGCUAUAAGCAUUUGCGCCUCGCACUUUUGGAAUAUAUUGUUUUUACUGGCAUGGAUUUCGUUAAAUUCCAAGACCUAUGCAAAAACGUGGAGGGGACUUUCGAGGGAAGCUUUUGGUGCGCUUCCAACUUUCUUAAAGGUGGCCAUACCAUCAACGUCUAUGAAGUGCUUGGAAUACUGGGCUUACGAACUUAUGGUUCCAGUAGCGGGACUUCUUCCAAAUCCUCAGUUCGAGUGCUCCAUUCUCUAUAUUGCUUUGGGCUCAGCUGCAUUGACAUACAUGGGCUCGAUUUCUCUAGGUGCGGCAGUUAGUACACGCGUUUCGAAUGAACUUGGAGCUGGGCAUCCCUAUUCGGCACGAUAUGCGUUCAGCAUAGGUCUCCUACUGGUACUUGUGUACACUGGUACCAUUGGUUUGAUAUUUAUCAUUUUCCGAAACGCUUGGCCCUUAGCGUUUACGAAUGAUCCACUGGUGGUGGAUACUGUGGCAAAAUGGUUGCCUUGGGUGGCUGCCACUUUUCUCUUAGAGGGUGUACAGUCUAUUUGUUCAGGUGUUGCAAAGGGAUGUGGAUGGCAACACAAAGGAGCGUGGAUCAAUCUGGGAUCUUUUUACGCCAUAGGAUACCCUCUUGGGGUGUUCUAUGCUUUUACUUUGAAAUGGGGAGCACAGGGUGUGUGGCUUGGAUACUAUAGUGGCAUUCUUGUGCAGAUGAGUAUAUAUUCAACAGUGGCAUUCAGAACAGACUGGCCCAAAAUGGUGGAGAUUAGUCGAAAAUUGGUGAAUGCUCCUGUAAAACCUUUUAUUUCCAGCACUGCAGAGCAAUAUCAGGGCCGGCAAGAAGAUGCAGAGGUGCAAGAAUGAUUUUCAUGUUCGAAUACAAAACUGGCUGUCAUAAUUUGUGAAUUUAUUGCCAGUUGCUCGGCUAGCCAAUUUCUUCUACGUUCACUGAUCAGUUGGUCAUACACGUUAAAUGUAACUCGGCAUUGUACGAUGGUGGUGCUACGUUUCCUUGACGACCUUGUGGAGCUCAUAUACCAACAUCUUGGGUGUUCGAUUGUCUCAAAAGUUAGUGGCCAGUCUGGUGUAGACAAUUUCAAAUUUACUCGCAGAAAUUUUGAUCCAGGAGGUUGGGAUUAGUGCGACUAAAGCUCGUAGACUCCUUUGGUACACUAAAAAACUACAGAAAGAGUUAGUUGUUUUCAGUGCAAAGCGAGUGACUUCUGUAAGAGACUCAUCGUUGGUCACACAAACUUGUAGAUAAGCUCAAAUGUGAGCAGGUCACAUCAUGGUAUAAUUAGCAAUGUGAGAUGUCACGUCAUGAUCGUCAGUUUCAAAUAUAACAGACAGUUCAAUCUUGCAUUUUAUAUUUCUGACAUAUUGCAUCUUGGACCAACGAUUUCAUACUUAUGGAAUA